AUGAUGAAUCAAAGUCAUUGUUUCUGCUUUUCUGGUAUUAUUACCAUCUUUUUCUCCCUCCUAUUACACAAUCUUGCUUCUCCUACGCUCCACGCUUGCCGCCACGACCAGAGGGGCGCUCUUUUGGAAUUCAGAGACGAGUUUCCGAUCGAUGUGUCUAACCAAAUUCUGUGGAAGAAGAGCACUGAUUGCUGUCUUUGGGAGGGUGUAACAUGCGAUGAUAAAUCUGGCCAGGUGAUAUCACUCGACCUUAGUUACAUCUCUUUCAACAGCUCUUUGAAAACUAACAGUAGCCUUUUUAGACUCCAAUAUCUUGGUCACCUAGACCUUAAUAGUUGCCAUCUCCAAAGAGAGAUUCCUUCUUCACUAGGACGCCUCUCUCGUCUCACAUUUCUUGACCUUUCUUACAAUAGUCUGGUAGGUGAGAUCCCGGCUUCAAUAGGCAAUCUAAACCAGCUCAGAAACCUUAGCCUUGGGAGUAACAGCCUCAUAGGAGAGAUUCCUUCUUCACUAGGAAACCUUUCUCGUCUCUUAGAACUUGAACUUGGUUAUAAUCAGCUGGAAGGUGAAGUUCCAGCUUCCAUCGGAAACCUAAAAGAGCUAAGAACCAUGUGGCUUGGCAAUAAUAGCUUAAGUGGCAAUAUUCCUAUUUCCGUUGCCAAUUUAACCAAUCUUUCCUUUUUUAGUAUCAGCGCUAAUAACUUCACAUCCACGCUUCCAUCUGACAUGAGUGGAUUCCACUACUUGGAACAUCUUGAUGUUAGUGAAAACUCAAUUCUAGGGCCUUUCCCUAAAUCUUUGUUCACGAUUCCUUCGUUACAAUGGGUUGAUUUGGGAGGAAACCAAUUCACGGGACCUAUAGAGUUUGUGAAUAUAUCUUCAUCAUCGAAGCUUCAGUAUCUAUACAUUACUAAUAACAGAUUCGAUGGUCCAAUCCCGAAAUCUAUUUCUGAAUUUUUGAACCUCGAACUGUUAGAUCUUAACCACAACAAACUCACUGGGCCAAUCCCUAGUUCUAUAUCAAAGCUAGUCAACCUCAUACGGAUAGAUCUUAACAACAACAAACUCACUGGGCCAAUCCCUAGAUCCAUAUCAAAGUUAGUCAACCUUGGUUAUAUUAACCUUAACAACAACAAGUUGGAAGGUGAAGUACCAAGUAGCUUACUGGGGUUGGUGACAGUGUGGCUUUCUCUGAAUAAUUUCAGUAGUUUUGGAGAAUAUUCACAAGAAACAUCGGUCCAACAGUUCGAUGUGAGUAUGAAUUCAUUCCGAGGACCAGUUCCCCUUUGGAUCUGCAAGCUUAAAGGCUUACGCUUGUUAGAUUUGUCCGACAAUCUCUUCAACGGCUCCAUUCCUCCAUGCUUAAGUAUUCAUUUGACAAAGCUAGGUUUGCAGAACAACAACUUCAGUGGAACUCUUCCAGAUAUGUUUGCCAAUGCUACAGAUUUGAGAUUGUUGGACGUUAGUCGCAACCAGCUGGAGGGAAAGUUUCCAAAGUCAUUGGUCAAUUGCAAAGGUCUGGAAUUUGUGAACGCGGAAAGCAACAAAUUCAAAGACACGUUCCCGUCGUGGUUGGGAUCUCUACCAUCAUUACAUGUUCUCAUCCUCAGAUCAAACGAGUUAUACGGGCCGUUGUAUCAUCGCCCMAUGUCCAUCGGGUUUCAGAGCUUAAGAGUCAUUGAUAUUUCACACAACAACUUGAGUGGAACUCUUCCACCUUACUAUUUUUCCAGCUGGAGUGAAAUGACCGCGUUAACCGACGAAAAUGGCCAGUACAUGAAUGAUUUUGCGAAUUAUUCUAUUAUCUAUCAGUCGAUGGAAAUGGUGCUUAAAGGAGUAUACCUGAAGUUUGAUUUCAUCAACCAAGACUUCCGAGCCAUUGAUUUUUCUGGAAACAGAAUUUAUGGCAAAAUCCCUGAAUCCGUUGCCUUCUUGAAGGAACUACGUCUUCUCAACUUGUCAGGUAACGCGUUCACAAGCGGUAUCCCACGAGUCUUGGCAAAUUUGACAAAGCUCGAGKCAYUAGACCUAUCMCGSAACAAGYUGUCWGGUCAAAUCCCUSAWGAWCUUGGYAAMCUCUCAUUUCUGUCAUACAUGAACUUCUCCCAUAACCAUCUCCAAGGUCCACUGCCACGGGGCACACAGUUUCUAAGGCAAAACUGUUCUUCAUUCUCGGACAACCCUAGACUCUUCGGUCUCGAAGAUAUUUGUGGAGAAACCCGUGUUCCGAAUCCUACACCAUCACAGCAACCGGAGGAAUUGUCAGAGUCGGAGGAAGAAAUGUUCAACUGGGUAGCAGCUGCAAUAGCGUAUGGACCUGGUGUUUUCUGCGGAUUGGUGAUCGGAUAUAUCUUCACUUCACGCAAUAAAGAGUGGUUCACAGAGAAGUUUGGUCGAAGAAAACUCAGAGGCACCACGAGAGCUCGUCAAGCCCAUCUCUGA